GAUUUCAUUCAUCUUUGACAAGUAGUGACAAGUUCAUUCAUGUCAGUCAAUACAAAAAACAAUGCAAUGAAAUUCUGUUGAUAUUUCUUGAUAUUUAUUGGUUUAUCGCUCCACACAGGCGUAAAUGGCGUACGUCAACGUGAGGGAUUGGUCAGUUGACCAAGUAACCGACUGGUUAAAAGGCCUCGAUAGUAUUAUUUUGCAAUAUACGACCUCGUUCUUGAACAAUGGGGUAACAGGACAUCAAUUACUUAAUUUAAGAGCCGACGAUUUGGAUAAUUUAGGAGUUAAGAGUUUAGGACACCAGGAACUCAUUUUAGAAUCAGUGGAGCAUUUGAGGCAUUUUCACUUUGAACUGGAUAAAGAAAAUUUGCAAAUGCUGGCCUUGAAGGUUUCCUGUGCUUCGAAUUCUUUGUACAAAGAGUUGUUACUGGUUGAUGAUAAUUGCCCCAUAGUUUCGCCCCAAAUGAUGUCAGACGUGCACAAUAUCAUAAUGACCAUAAAACCGUUAGUGUGUUGGCUGGAUCGCGCCCCUUUUCUGGGUGAUAAAGACUACAUUGAUUGUAAAACACAGUUGUUGGAUUUAAGUUUUGAAAUGGCCACAAGGGCCCACCGUGGAAAAUUUUCCGAAAAACCAGUGAGCUUUAUUAAGGAUAUUUGCGAACGAAUUACCAAACUUGCCGAUCAUAUUAUACAAGAAAUUUCCGAUCCAAUGGUAUUACAACCGGCAUCACUUGAUCUUGCAACGUUAAAGAAAAAAGAGCAAGAGUUGGGGUUUUUUAUUUCGCCUAAUAAUCACGCUGUCCAUCAGAUUGCUGAAAUAAAGUAUGGCUCACCAGCGCAUGGAAGCAGCAAAAUUGAAGAAGGGGACGAAAUUGUGCAGGUGAAUUACCAGACAGUUGUGGGCUGGCAACGCAAAAAUGUAAUGAUCUUGCUCCAAGACUCACCGCCAGAAAUUGUACUAACAUUAAAGAAAAGGCCAAGACAUACUAAAGUUUACGGCCAGAUUUACAUGAAACCGUACCGUUUGCCAAGUAAAAAGCUGGACGGACAGACGUACUUCCGCUGGAAUGAUAGCAUACCGCCGUCCAGACUACUUCCAAUGCAUAGUUUAUCACCAAUUGACAUUCCAAAAUUACCCGUAGUUAUUGAGCCUCCUGACGUCGAAAUUGAGUUAAGUAGUAGUGAUGAUAGUGAGCCCCCUGAUAGCCCCUUGGACGGCAGUGGCCGCAUGUACCCUCUCAAGCCCAGGCCCAUUUUGCAAAGGCGGAACACCAUCACGGGGCCUAUACCCACCUCCAAGACGCCCUAUCCAUACAUGGAGAAGUAUUGGCAGAACUUGAAAGACCGUGCGGUGUCAACUCACUCAAGUUCAGUUAACAUUGACGACACAAAUUUCGAAACCGACUCGAGCUUUAUUCGGGAUAAAAGCGCUUCCUGUAACUUAGGCCUUGAAUUAAGUCCUCGACCGACGACAGUCAUCGGUAUCGGUCAGAGCCGUAACAAAUCCUUCAAAAACGACUUCAAGGAAAAACCGGCCAAGAAACGGGUCAUUUUCCAAGAGAAAAAGCCCGAAGAUGUCGAAAAGACGAGUAAUUUAAACGAGGAGAAGAGCGUCAGUGUUAACAGUUUGGCGAGUUUGAAUAACACGAGUAUUGCGUUCAUUGAUGAAGGACGAGAUUUAACAGAUCGGACAAGUAUGGUUACUGAGAAGGAUGCUGCGCUUGCCGAUGUUAAUAUUCACGAUAUUAUUAAAAAGUUUGAUGAGAAGGAGAUUGUUGUUAAGCCGAAGAUUUUUCCGAGAUCACAGAUCAAGAAACCACCAGAUGUGCCACAAAAACCAGACCAGAGUAAAAAACCGGUAGUGCCACCUAGGAGUGUUACUACGAAGGUUAGGGGUAGGUUGGAUAAAAGUCACAGUACGCCAGCUUAUGAUCUGACAGGGGAUGAGAAUUCGCCGGUUGAGAAGUUUGUGGUGAAGAAAGUGCAAACGGAAGUUGUUGAACACGUAACUAGUACGGUUUCCGAAAGCGAGCCGUUCUCCGAAAUGAAAUACGAACUCGGAAUCCCUAUCGUGGACGCCAUAAGCUUGCCACUGACCCAAACGGUGCCAGUCGUCGAAGAAAUCAAAAUCACUCUCACUGAAAAAACUGAAAUUAAGCAAGGAAUCGACGAGGAUUUGCCACCAAAACCUCCGCCACGAACCUUCGGCGUUGUCGAUUUUAACAAACCGGCUUAUCCCAUCGAUUCACCUAAACCCAACAUUUCGGAAAAAUUGAAAGGGGAUUUAGCGGCGAAAUCGACCGUUUUCGAAUAUCUUGACACCAAACACACUUAUUCGACUGAAGUAACUACGGUUUCAAAGCCACCUGAAUCACCAGCUUUGCUUAAAGAGAGCAAUAAAUUACAAAAUAAGUUUUUUGAGCCGAAGACGGCAUCGACUCCGAAAAAAUCGGACUUUGGCGAAUCUGUGCCAAGUUUUGAGGUGCCGAAAAAUAUGAGUGAGAGUAAAAUUUCGCCGACGAAUUCGAUAGUGCGUGCCAUGAUUUAUUCCAAUAAGAAUAAGGCAGGGAAAAAGAAGAACACAAUCACUGCAAAACGGAGAAGAGUAACAGUCAACGAUUUGAACCCUCCCGACACUCAGGGGUAUUUGUACCAACGCUUGCGAAGCAAACACAACCAAAACGUCCACUGGGAGAAAAGGUGGUUUGUUUUGUUAGGUAGUUGUCUGUACGGUUUCAAGACAAAAGAAGAUCCAAGAGCGGCGUGUCUUAUUUUCCUCUCGGGGUUUACGGUGGCUGUGGCGAGCGAGGUGAAAUCUCGCUCGAACGCUUUCAAAGUGUACCACACGGGCACAGUAUUCUACUUCUCAGCCGAAGAUCCUGAAACCCUCCAAUCAUGGAUCGAGACGAUCACCGCAGCCACCCUCAACAACGACAGUCUCAAAACAGCCGACGGCUCCCUCUACUCAGAAACGGACGAAUCAGACACCGAAAAACCCAAAAAAACCGAACCGGAGAAGAACCCAGAAACUAUCAAAAAAUUCAACUCUUUGAAGAAGCUCACCAAGAAACACGAAAACGCAGCCGGUGGCAGCACGAGCUUGGACCGGAAACGCUUCUUCAAUAAAUCAAGCAGUCAUUCGAAAAACUCACUUCCGGUGCCCACCGCCCAGUUCCGCUCUUACCGAAAAAUCAAAACGACGGAAACUCCAAGCGGAAGUGUUACCACCGGCAAUUUUACAUCGCAUGUGGCGUCGUUUUUUGCACACAGGUCCGAAAUACCGCAGUUUCAGCAGUCGGUUCAGAACGUGAGUGUUCCGAAUUUGACUGUUGAACACUUGGGUAAGGGUCAGGAAAAGGCUUCGGGAAAAUUAUCCAAAGUCAAACCGCUGAAUUAUGUCCAUGCCAGUAAUCCAAGUUUGUGCAAUAUUAACGAUUUUCACGUCCCGAAUUUUCCGAAGAAGACGUUCAAGCAAUGUAAUGAAAAUUUGGCCGGGUUUGUGACGCUGGAGGAGUUGAUGAUCAAGCAAAGCGAGGAGAAGAAACUGAAUCCGUACAAUAUGGCCGAUGAUGUUUUCAUGAAUUUGAAUUUGAUCAAACCGGAUGUUGUCUACGGCGAAGUCCCAAUACGGCCUAAAGAAAAAGUCGAAGUUGAAGAAAAACCCGAGCCUACGUUCAAAAAAGGCCACACUCGUAACGCCUCCGACUCGCAAAAAUCGUCCGAAAAGCAAGACUUUGGCAGUUCUUGCUUCGGCAAACGUCUCGGCUCUUUCAAAAAAAUCCAUAAAGAAAGCGACGACUUUGAAAAUCGCACUUCAACUUACCCUAAAACAGCCAAAGGUUUCGACCAGAAAUUAAACAGAUCGCUUCCUAGAACGCACAAAUUAUCCGAAAAUGCGGACGUUUCUCGUUACGCCUCCGACAGAAAUUUGGCAAGUGAGAGAGGAUACGAAAUGAUUUAUUGUCCAGAAACGACAACCGAUGUCCAGUUUGCCCAAAAUCGCAAUUUGGACGAUCGCAUGUACAAAGAGACGCCCAAAAAGGGCCACAAAAUCAAAAAACAGAACAGUUUUAACCCCUCCGAUAAAAAAACGGGGAAAAGUGGGCCAGACUCAGCAAAAUACACCAAUAAAGUAUCCGACUCGUCGAAGGUUAAAUUAAAAUCAGCAAUCCAAUACACGCCCAUGUGUUUGCCCUUAUCACAGGACGAAAAAUCCAAACCCAAACUCGCUUUUGAGCUGAAUUUGGACGAGAAAAGCACCAAAGGGGGGAAAUUCAAGCAGAUUUUCGGCAAACAAAGCGAGGGCAAAAAAGAGAAGACGUUUUUAGGGUCGCCUAAACUGCACCGAACCAUUUUCCGGAAAAACAAUUCGAGUUCAGAGCUCAACUGGCCGUCGACUUCAACUCAGGCUGUUUUGCCCCAAAGCUCGUAUUCGGUCGAGAAUUCGCCCCCUGAGCCCCCACCUGUCAGUAUAAGUCCGCACGCUGAUUAUCCAGGCCUGGAAUAUCCGCCGGUUUUUGAGCCGGAAACGUACUCUCUUGCCGACCCUCAAAGCAGUCUGACAUUGUUGCGCAAGCAAGGCAAAAGUAAUAAUUAGAUUAUUUCGUUUGAAAAACGUACAGUCGAAAUUUUUUUGAUAUUAUCUUCUUGUGAUUUACUCGAUUUUUGAUUGACUUGGCCAUAGCUUUACAGGGUUUUGCCACUUUAUUUUGUGUAAAAAUAAAACAUAGUAAGAAAUACUUGUACGCUUGCCCGAUAUUCAGUCUUUAAUAGAAUAUUUAAUUAAAUUAUUAAUAAUAAUUGUAAAGGAAACACCAUUUAUUGUUGUGAUAUUUAAAAGUGUCAAUUACUAGGUACAUAUUGUUUCAAUCAUGAUUUUGUAAGUAGCAAAAAUUGUUAAUUAUAUUCGUUUUAAAGGCAAACGGCUUUUUUAUAAGUCAGUUAUGGCAAUAUUAUAUUAGUGUUGAUAUUGUGGUUCCAUUAGUGUUUCAGGUGAUGGAAAGUUCUGUUACGUAAUUACGUUUAUUAGGUUUUAAACUUGUUAUUAUUAGAUGGAGAGAUUGCAGUAUUAUUUGAUAUAUUUUAUUCAUGAUGUAAGAAAUAUGAUAAUUGUAACACGUUUUAGCCAAUAUUUUGUCCAUUUUUUACGAGCAUUGUGUCUCAGGGUAUUGGCUAAUUUAAAACUGUUUAACUUAUUGAUUUUACAACAUAUCUGUAUAUAAAUUAAUUUGUAAUAUUUGUUUUGCUUUUUACUAUUUUAAGUGCCAAAUUAAUCACAGUAUGAAAUAAAAUGUUUGUAUAAAAGGUACUUCUGUUGAA